AUGCAUGAACACAAGCUUUCACGUGGCGUUCAGAUUUCAAAUGAAGAAAAUCCAAUUCCUAAUCAAAAUAAUGAUGAUGACGUAAAUGCAAUUUAUCCAUUACUUUACGUUGAAGCUGUGGAUGAAAUUAUUGUUUCUCCUGUCUGUCAAGAAAGCUCAACUGUAAUAAAUGCAGAACCGAUUUCAUGGCUUCAUGAAGAAUAUGAUAAAGAAACUGUACAUCAAGAAAUCUGGUUUGACGCUGAAGACGUACCACCGUUUGGAGGUUUUUGUGCGGAUAUCAAUGACAAGACUGAAAAAUGA